ACAUCCGGGGAUUCCCACUGACUCCGCCCACAUUCCGCUGACCCACAGCAUCGCUGUAAAUAUGGCGGAGCCCUCCCUGGGGAGUUCAAGCCCAGAGAUGCUGUUGCCUGAUUAUGAUGAUGAUCAAACUCCUGAAGAUGAGGAGCUGCCAGAGGGAGACACUAACUUUGGCAAUGAGAUUGAAGAACUCGCAAAGGAAGGAGAAAUGCCCAUUCAGGAGCUCCUGAGCCUUUAUGGUUAUGCAGGCAGUGGAUCACCUGAGGAAGAGGAUGAGGAAUAUGAGGAAGAGGAUGCCGAUGGAGAUGAGGAGGAUGAUGAUGAUGAUGAAGGAGAGGAUAUGGAUAAUGAUGAAAGCAGCAGAAGCACUGGAGAACUGAAGAAGAGCAAGCUUCAGGAUGCAAUGGCGAACUUUCAGUUUCAUAUGCGGCAAUUUGUGUGUCGGCUUGCUGAAGAGAUGCUCAGCUACUCGGCUGUGGCGGAUGUCAUGUGUGUUUCAGUAGCCUGUUAUAUCUGGCUAGCCUAUAUGGCAUGCUCACAUGUUUAUUAUUACUAUUUUGGAAGGAGUAAAAUUUACUUAUGUGGCUUUAACAACCAGAUGCAAUUAAACUGGUCCAGUUUUGUUUGGAAUACGUCUCAAACAACCUCAAGAAGUGCUUUAAGUGAUAGGAUUUAAUUCCGUCUUUUACACCUGGCAUUUACACCUGGUGUUUUUAUGAUUGAAUAGCUAUCGGAUCAGAGAAAAUGCAUGAACAAAUGGAAA